ACGGCGCAGCCGGCAUAUAUUUGCAUAUGUUUGCGCGUUGCCGUGGGAACGGCGCGGGCGCGGUUCCGGGUGCGGGGGCAAACUGAGCCAAAGCACAACAUCAGAGAAGCCCGGGUGUUGGGGACAUGAGGGAAUUUUGACCCGCCCUUUGGAGCGAAGGACCAGGUGUUGCAGAGGAGGUAGCAGCGCUCAUAAAUCUGGUAAAGGACCAAGAUCUGGAGCUGGUUCAGAAAGAUAUGAUCAAUCUGAGAACCACCAAGGAAUGAGUGGGGCUGCAUCAGCUGCGCAGGCAAAAGUGAUAAAACGACCACCAACAGUGAUUUGUUACAUAUGUGGUCGUGAGUAUGGAACAAAAUCUAUUAGUAUUCAUGAACCACAAUGCCUGAAAAAAUGGCACCAGGAGAAUGACAACCUACCCAAGCACUUGAGAAGGCCAGAACCUAAAAAGCCUGAAGUCAGAAUUGUGCAAGCCAAAGGUUUCUAUGAUCUUGAUUCUUUAAAUGAGGCAGCCUGGAGCAGCGCCCAGACCCAGCUAGUUCCAUGUGAUAUUUGUGGGCGUACUUUUCUUCCAGACAGACUGAUCGUCCACCAGAGGUCCUGUAAACCAAAACCUGCAAAGUGAAGUGGAUGUAACAUACAUACAUACAAAUGCACGCCUGCUAACACACAAACACGCAUGUUUAUCCUAAGCUCAGUAAAAUGUGUGUGUGUAUGUGUGUGUGUGUGUGCAUGAAGGCACACACAUGCACCCUUACCUUUCAGACAAACCACCAGAGAAAUAAAAUUCAGCUGAGAGGCACAGCCAUCAAAA